UUAGGGGUUUAACACAGAGCGGCGCAGCGAUCUUCUCUUUUCCUCUUCUCCCUCGUCUGCAACUCUGCAUCCUUCUCCCUGCCAGCCUUCUCCCCACCGCCAUUCGUGGUAACAACACUAAUACCAACGAUAGUAGCGACUGGUUGACGAAGCUGUUGGAGCCCGCCUCUAAGGUUAUAUCAUAUGGCGCGAACCUCCCUCCUCGACGACGAUAAAUUCGCCGCCGCCUCCCUCUGCACAACCCGUAUCCAGCCGCCGCCGUCCGGGUUUCAAACGACGAAUAAACGGUACCACCUCACUCCUCUCUCUUCACCUUUCUUACACACUCACAGUCUUGCCACCUCCGCCAUUGUUUAUCAGAUCUGAUGUGUCAUACUUCCGUGCUCCAUUGAAAGAUUGAGUCUUGAUCUCCAUAGAAAAUUCAUAAAUAUUAGCUACCUUUUAAUUAAAGAGAGAAAGAAAUGUACCACAUAAAAAAAAUAAAAAACAUAGAAAAGACAUAGAAUAACUACGAUUAAAGAGAGUCUCCAGGAAAGUACCACAUAAAAAACAUAAAAAGAAUUUGAACAACCAAGAAUUUUAAAGCAAAAAAGAAAUGAUUUUACUGCAAUAAAUUUUUAAGAUUACCCAUUGGACAACAUUGCAACCAAAUAUUCAGUGGAUAAAAAGAUGUGUACAGUGGCUGGAAAAAAAAAUUCAGUAAAAAACUGUGUAUUUAUAUAAGUAUAGAUUAUUCUUGUUUUAUUAGAGUAGCCACUAAACGAAGCUUAUAGUGAAAGCCAAACUUUCUCCUUUUUUUUUUCAGUUCAUCGUCCCCUUUCCACCUCUUUUUAAUCUCAUUUUAUUUUGUUUCAAGCUUCAAAGAGACUAGCAACCAUUUUGAAAUCUGUUGGAGAACUGCUCUAGGCGAUGAUAGUACGUCGCCUAGGCGUGACAUUGUUGGAAAAGAUAAGGACCAUGUGGAACUGAGUGAAGGUGCAAUGUCCGACACAGAUGAUUAUGAUGUAAUGUCCGACACAGAUGAAGAAGCCACAUCAAUAGCGAACGAUCAAGCCCUUUCAGAUGCAUCUUCAGUUAUAAGCAACUUUGACAAUCAUUUGAGUUACAAACUGGUAUCUGCCGAGGUGGACUCUUUAUUAAAAAGGAAAUGGAAGUACACAUGGAAGAUGCCAGCUAUUAACAUGUCAAAUUGUCAUUGGAAAGGAACAGGAGAAUGCUCUAUUAAGGAUCUGGAAACAAAUUCUCUCUCUGGUCUCAAGCCGAGGUUAUACAAGCAUUGGUUGGAAAGCUGCAAGGCAUCAAGCAGCAGUGAAUGUCAUCAAUCUAAACUAAGAUCAUUUUUUUCAAUCUGUAGCAGCUAUUAUGAUAUAAUGCACUAUAACAAGGAGCCUUUUUACCUCAAAGGAUUGGAAGAAGAUUCAAACAUCAUGGAUGCGUAUCUCAUGCAUUCGUUGAAUCACGUUUUUAAAAGCAAGGAUCUUAUGGUAAAAAAUGAAAGGAAGCUGAGUAAGAAUCAAGUAAGUGUCGAGUGCCAAAGUGUUGAUGAUGACGCUUACAGGGAUCGUGGCUUUACUCGUCCUAAGGUUCUGAUGCUUUUGCCUCUAGCGGGCAUCAUGCGCAGGGUUGUCAAGAGGUUGAUACAGUUGACUCCAACCAAACAUAAGGUGACUGUGGAAAAUUUGGAAAGAUUUUGUGAAGAGUUUGGAUCUGGACGGACUGAGAACAAGGAUGAAGAUGAUGAUCUUGAGAUCCCUAAACUCAGAACAUCUGGAAAACCACUUGACUUCCAGGUCCUUUUUGGCAGGGGUGACGACAACAACGACCACUUCAUGAUUGGCAUAAAGUAUACCAAUAGGGGCAUUAAGUUGUAUGGUGAUUUCUAUACUUCAGACAUCAUUAUUGCAUCUCCUCUCGGCUUGAUCACUAAAAUUGGGGAGGCAGAAGCUCUAAAGGAAAAAGACGUUGAUUAUCUUUCUUCCAUAGAAAUCUUAAUCAUUGACCACGCAGAUGUUAUGUUGAUGCAGAAUUGGUCCCAUGUGAAUACUGUUGUUGAACAACUGAAUAAGCUGCCAUGUAAGCAGCAUGGAACUGAUGUUAUGCGCUUAAGACCAUGGUAUCUAGAUGGACAAGCACGUUUCUAUCGGCAGACAGUAAUUUUAGGUUCUCAUACAAAUCCAGAAAUGAAUGCGUUGUUUAAUCAGCAUUGCCUUAACUACCGAGGAAAGGUUAAAUUGGAGUGCUCAUACAAAGGAGUUCUUCCAAAAAUAUUAAUUCAAGCACGACAGAUCUAUGAGCGUUUUGAUAUAGAAUCAAUAGUGGAAGCUGACAAUGCCCGUCUGAAAUAUUUCUGUGAAAAGGUCUUCCCCAAGAUAAAAGAUUCUGUUCAGGAUGGAGUGAUGAUUUUUGUCAGCUCUUACUUUGAGUAUGUCCGACUUAGGAAUUAUUUGAAAUCUCAGUCUGCUUCAGUCUGCUUGUUUGGAGAGUAUAUAAAGCGAAAUGAGAUUUCUCAUGUCAGGGGUGAGUUUUUCAGAGGAGAAAAGAAAAUUAUGCUCUACACUGAGCGAGCCCAUUUCUAUUACAGAUACAAGAUUCGCGGUGUGAAGAAUUUGAUAAUUUACUCCUUGCCAGAGAGAAAAGAAUUCUACCCACAGAUAGUUAACUUUCUGGAAGAGUCUGAUAGCAUGAAUUGCCGAGUAUUGUUUUCUCGUUUGGAUAAUCUCCGGCUUGAGAGAAUAGUUGGAUCUGCUGCAUCAAAAAGGAUGAUCGACUCGGAUAAAGGAGUGUUUGUUUUUGCUUAGAAUUUGUUUCAAAUCAUCACAAGUGGCAUGUUACCUCAACUUCGAGAUUUCAUAUUGUUCAAGAAAAUAUUCAAGUUGUGAAUGGAUUUGAGUGCAUUGCACAGUUUUGAGACAUUUAUGCAUAUUACUACUUUGUCUUAGUGUUA